GGGGGGAGGUGGGUGCAAUGUUUCUUCUUUUGAUGUGUCCUUGUCUCUACCUCAGGGCCCUGGAUGCCCUGCCUGUUCAGAAGAAACUGUGGAUGUCCCCGAGCCUCGUGGUCCCUGCUUCGGAUGAUGUGGGGCAGCAUCCAUCUGAACGCAUAUCACUACCAAGUCCAAGGUUUUGGAAGGAAGCCCUUCUCCUCUCCCAUCUCAGUAUUAGACCCUCGGACCUUGGGACAUGGGACUCAGGCCGCUGACUCUGCAUCCCUCACAAGUGCACAGAGCUGCCUGCCCUUUUGCCUUGUGUCCAUCCUGGAGCAGCCUUCUGCCAGGGACCUGGACGAUCUGCCUUUUGAGACAAGGUUGUUGAUGUCCUGUGCCCCCGGUGGACCCUGCUUCUGGUGAUGUGGGGCAGCAUCCACCUGAAUGCUCUUCACCACGGAGCCCAAGAUUUUGGAAGGAAGCCCUUCUCCUCUACUAUCUCAAUAUGAGACCAUCGGUCCAUGGGCAGUAGUCUCCCCUGGUGUCACAAAUUCCCGUGUGCUCUUGGUUCUGGGACACCACCACCCCACUGCUCUAGCAUGUCCAGGGUCAGCCUUGGAGGCCCCUUCUUUGCUCGCCGCCUUGACCUGGAAGCUUGGGUCAGCAGACCUAAGGCCAUCCUGGCAGCUGUACUGCUCACCCUGUGUUAUUCUAAGUAAAGUUUCCCCUGGGAGCAAGUUAGAAUUCUCUACUGCAGACCUACCCAGCAGUUUACAUUUGAACAUCAUUCUUCAGGGAUUCAUAAAAUAUUUAUACAAAGAUCAAGAUCGUUAUCCAUUAAAAGUUCACAUUUUAAGUAUUCGGCCUCCAGAUUUCUGUCCUCAAAUUCCUGCCUUGACUUCCUUCCACAGUGGACUGUCACCUGUAAGCCAAAUAAACCCUUUCCCAGAAUUGUUUUGGUCUGUGCUUUGUCACAGCAGUAGAGGAAGAAGCUACCACACCAGGGAACCAUUUUGUCACUGUUCUCCAGGCUCUGGAUUGGCAUUUCGUUUUCUUGUUAUACAUUUUAUUAUUUAAGACAAUAUUUAAAUUUAUACUUUGAUCAUGAUUUUCCCAUCCCACAAGUCCUUCCAAAUCCUCUACCCUUCCCUACUUAUCCAACUUUAAGUUCUUUCUCAAAACAAACAAACAAACAAAUAAAUAAACAAAAACCAAUUCUUAGAAAGUAUGUAGUUAUACUUGGUUUCAAUUUUAUGGCUUUAUUUUGAGAAGACAUUAAUUUUAGUUUGCCACUUUUUCUAACAUUUAUGCUGUAUUUUAUCAUCAUUAUUUUCACAAGUAUCUUAUUUUUAAACUUUUGUUUCAGUAGAGCUAAAGCUUACCAGAAAUUUGUUCUUAUUUAUAAAUCCCUUUAAUUUGUUAAAUGAAUCCUCUUCACGUACUUUAAGAAGGAAUUGCUUUUUAAUGAGAGACAGAAAGUGAGUGGAUCAGGAUGGGAGGGAGGUUGGGAGAAAAAUGGGAGAAGUAGGGGAGGGGAAAUCUUAAUCAGGAUAUAAUAUAUGAGAAAAAUAUUUUCAAUAAAAUAAAGGAACAAAAAAAGAAAAAAAAGACAAUACCUACAGAUGGGCUGAAACACUUAAGAGGCGAUGUUCCUAAAAUGAAUCCUAAUCACUUUAACGUCUGUCUCCAGUACUGUAUGGAUUCUUAAAAAUGGAUUGUAGUUGUAAGUUGGCCUUUCCCAGUGGAUCCUUCAACAUUUAACUACUUCAGAAAAGAAAACAGAGGUACUUGUCUGAAACUGAAGGUCCCUUAGGAAGCUUGAGUUCAAAGUGAUUGCUACUGUGAUGGCGCUGACAUGUGGAACUGCAGAUAGGGAAACUUCCCUCGCUCCUCCCUUCCUGCUCUUGCCCCCUCACCUGGCCUUUCUGUCCUCAUGAUGUAUCCCAGAAUGUUACAGAGCAGCAAGGCAGUGCUACAGCAGCCCGGAUUGGGAGGUCAAGUCUCCUAUCCUCCAAGUCUAUGUGUCAAAUAAUCUUCUGCUCAAGUAGUUUUCUGUGUGUCUGUUUGUUCUUUUGGGGAUGCUUUCCCCUUUGUUUGUUGGUCCUAUUCUGAUGUGUUGUUUUAUUUUAGUUUUUUAUAUUUCAUUUUAUUAUUAUCCCCUAGAUGUCUGUUUUCUAAUGAGAGACAAAAAGUGGGUGGAUUGAAUGAGAAAGAGGUGGGAAGAAACUGGGAGGAUUAUGUAGACGAAUUUCUAAGGGGUCUUAUUAAAAUAGAACAGGGAGCCAAAUAUAGGGGUGAAAGCCUCAGAGAUCAGAGAAAUAGUGAAAGCCACCAACCACCUUACCUCACCAGCUCUGUAGCUUCCAAAAUGCCAUGACUUCCUGUCUACCCAGGCUUUUAUUGCCCUGCUCUUCUGCCCUCUCAUUGACUCUUAGCCCAGCUAGCUCACUUGCUUGUUACUGCCUACGUGUACAGACCUCCAGGGUCUCUAUGGUUGGUGCUGGAAUUAAAGAUGUGAGCCACCACGCUUGUAUCUGUUCCCUAGCGUGACCUUGAACACACAGAGACCCUGCCUGCCAAGUGAUCGGGAU